AUUGCUUUUCCGAAUCUCCUCACACGAAGCCGCACCAAUUGACUCUGUCCCUGCCUGGUCUUCAGCAACAGGCGCCCACUUCUCUGGCAAAUGGUGGGCCGCAGCAACGGGCAUUCCAGGGUGCCUCGGUUCGCGCAUGUCCUGGUCCGUCCCAGGAUCCGGCGAUCGAUAACUGCUGCUGGCGGUGGAACCUGUCGCCUGAUGCGGACUGGGUGGAACCUACUGGUGUACACGCCCACAGGCUGACGGGCUAGCGUCUAAAAAAAAAGAGCUUGCCGCUUCAACUGGCUCGGUUGCGCAUCUCCAGCAACAGACGGUUCCCCCGGGAUUGGUGGGCCGCACCGGAGAAUGAAAAAAACGGGAGGAAGCUGGCCUGACCUUGCUUCCUGGAAGGACAAAAAGCCCUGGCGAACGCUAACGGCACAAGGAUGAGGAGCGGAAAGAAGAAGAAGAAGAAGAGAGCAAAGGGGGGAGGAGGAGCAGGAGGAGGACGCGAUGAAGGCAGGGGAUGAGGCCAGCUGCGCUGGACAGCCGCAGAGACCGCUAGCGGCAGCGGCCACCCGCGCCCCUGGCCGGAGGGUCAGCCAGCUGCAGCCGCGGUCCAUGAGCGGCUCGCCAGGGGGCCCCUCGCUUGGCGGGCGAGGCGGCCAGCCACGACUCGGCGGCGAGCCGGCGCCGGCCUGCACCGCCCGCCGCCCUCGCGCGCCGCCCUCCCCCGCCCCCGCCGCCGUCCGCCGCCCUCUGCGUGGCUGGUCUGAAUCAGUGGCACAACAAAAGAGUAGCACAACGCCAGCCCCAGCACCCCACCACGCUUCUCGAGCGCUAAAUACCCAGAAUCCUCUCCGAAACAAAGGGCGCUCCUUUCUCCAUCUGGGAAUUUCGCGGCAGAUUGUGUUCCGAUCGGCGGAACACAGUCUACCCGACGUGGGGUGCUCGGGGGGGGGCUAGUAAAAAAGGUAGUCCAGCUGGCCUGGUCGGUCUGCUAAUCAGUCCGGACAGCGCCAGUUGAACUUGUGCGGCGGGUCGGACUCAACACCGCCGAAGCCUCCGUCCGGGGUCAGGCGCUCGAGAACUGCUGCUGGAGAACGAACCAACCACUUGAAGCGGGCGGCCAGCUGGGUGAAAUACUGCUGGCAACGCCCACUGGCUCGACUGCUCGCGUGCGCAAGAGUCGGCGACACGCAAGAGCGAGCCUGGGUAAGAGUAACCUUUGGUGCGCGACAUUUGGGAGGCCGCGAGGGAACGAAACCCAAGCGCGCAAGACGCUACUAUCGCAUCACGUUCGGCGAUCGGGGGACCUCAAUGGGCCCGCACCAAAGGUCACUCCGGCGAAGGGUCACUCUUUCGCCUAGUCGAAAGAAGCACAUCAGGUCUCGGCCUACCUUGCUGGCGCACGUCCAACCUGCCUGUCUGGACCACCACGUCGCGGGGGGGGCUCCUUCUGCGCCAAAGAGAGCUCGAAGACGGCUUCGUCGGGCACAGCAGGGCAGAACAGGCUGCACGUCAGACACUGGAGGAAUCCUCGCGGAGCUCCGAAAACUUCUCCUCGUGCCCUUCUCUUCCUCCUCCGAGGGCAGCGGCCGGGACCCCUCGGGCCGCGGCUGCGGAAGCGUCGGACCGGCGGACGUCAGGGACCGGACGCCGCGCAGGAGAGCAGGUGCCGAGCCGCUCUGGCUCUCGAGC